UUUCUUUGCCAGUGGUAUGGACGUAUAUUACAAAACCUGGCGAAAUUGGUAUACUUCCUUGAUCAGCUUCUUCUUCUACGUAUUUCAUCAAGGAAAAUAUUUGGUGUGAAGAGGAAAAUGGUUCAGUGAUUUUUCGAUCAUUCCCGUGAAAACGAGAAAGAAAGGAGUGCCUCUAUUUUCCGAAAAAUUCCUGGAAGCGCCCAAAGUCUGCCAGGAGUCUGGGAGCGAAGACUAUUCCAAGAUGGAGGACGAUAACGGUGGAGUUGGGAGUGCGUCGGAAAGCAGUUUGCUUCUGUUGGCUGAUGAGCUGAUUGACAUGGUGUUAUCUUACUCCAUAAUUGAUCAUAAGGACUUGUGCCACUGUUCACAAGUUUGUAGAAGAUUAAAUAUAAUUGCAGCUGGUAAUGAACUUUGGAAAAAGAAGGCGCUUUCGAGGUGGUGUUUUUGGAGAACCAUGCCAAAAGAAGACUGGUUGUCAAUAUACAGAGACAGAAUGCUGAUGGAACACAAAAUUCACCAUGCUCUGGAAACUAUGUCGAAAAAAUAUUACACAAAGGCUGAGGUUUCCAAAACAGAACUGGACAAAUUUGUACAUGUAGCAAAUGAGAAUCCUCAUCUUUGUUGCUAUGUGGAUGAUUCUUUGAGUGAACUUUUACAAGGAGAUCACUGCAAAGUCAAUUUGACUCACAGACAUUAUGCCAGAAAGAUGCAUUCUCAUCUUAAAAUUCACCAGCUUAAAGAUGAAUGGAAGAAGUUUCUGGUAUUACCUGAAGACCAGCAGCAUUUGGAAAAAGGUGCCAUGUUGAUUGCAAGAUGGAUUCUGAAUGAAGAGGACAUUGAUGAGAAUGACACAUAUGUGGAGCUUGAUAGAAUUGCUUGUACUGUGCAAGAGAGUCUCCGAGGUAAUAGCAGCAGUACAAACAGCAUAUCCACAGCCCCACUGGAAGAACGAAUGGCUCAAAGUAAUGAGGUGUUUGGGGCAGUUACACACCCUACAGCAUGUUUGAGAAUCCUGGAUUGUCUUAAGCAUGUGUUGUAUCAACAGCUACUGUUUAAAGGCAAUGUCAAUGAAUACUAUAAAAAGGACAACUCAAUGCUUUAUCAGGUUAUAAGAAGCCGCACUGGAAACCCUAUUACUCUAGCAGUCUUGUUUGUGGCAGUUGCUAGGAGACUGGGAGUUAACUUAGAACCAGUCAAUUUUCCCAGCCACUUUUUGCUGCGGUGGAGAUCUAACUUGGAUCCACAGGUUGAUGAUUCAUCUGCAUAUAAGUACAUCGACUGCUUUAAUGGCGGAAGAUUUUUGUCAGAGAGGCAGUGCCUGGAUUUGCUUUAUUCGCCGAUGACAAACACAAUAUCUGUUGGGGAUGUUCUUUUUGUAAGAGCUACUCCUAGACAGGUAUUUAUUCGUAUGGUAGCAAAUAUCAUCAAUAGUUAUAGGACGGUAGAGGACCCUGGUAGUCGGUUGAGUGGUCUGCAUUCUUCUCUUGACUUAGCUCUAUUUCUCGACCCUGAUGAUGAAAAUAGCAGACUACUUUUGGCAAGAAUACAGGUUCAUUUGGGAAUUGACCUAGAAGAGGCAGUUGACAGCCUUGAGACUCUAAUGAGUGGUGCAGUCUCAAUACGCAGAGGAAUUCUGGAUAAUCUUCUUGAACGAGCCAAUCAGAAAAAAAUUCAGCAGGAUUUAGAGGAUAAUCCUCCACAGCCAAAAUUAAGGUCUGAUCCAAGCCAUUCUCAAGUUGGGUUUAAAGUUGGAAUGGUUAUGAGGCACAGAUUAUACCAUUAUGGCUGCGUUAUUUAUGGAUGGGAUCCUGUUUGUAGAAUGGAUGAGACAUGGAUUCAGCAAAUGGGUGUUGACCAGUCACCUGGCGGCCGUAAUCAACCAUUCUACAAUGUGCUAGGUGACGAUGGCUCUCAAAGAUAUGCUGCCCAUAGUAAGCAUGUAAACUUGAGGGAAGAUCCUAAUCAGCAAUUAAACCCACAUCCUGAACUAGGGAAAUAUUUUAAAGGUUUUACUGGAAGCCGGUACAUACCGAAUGACUGUCUUCAACAACGAUACCCUGAAGAUGUGGACACCUGAAUUAGCCAAGACCAAUUUUCGAUGUAACUUGUCUUAGUUUACUUUAAAAUAAAUUCAACAUUUAAAGAAUAUAAUUGACACAGGUUUGUUCUCAAACUUCAAUUAUUCACAAAGUUAGAGCUUAUCUGUGUACAAUCCAAAACUUGUAUAGCCAUUGUAGUAUUCCACGAUCUUCGUGCAAUUACUCAGUUAUGAAAUGACUAAGAAAAUUAAGAAUGAGCAUGUAUUAAUUUGCUUGCAGGGGAUGAAUGAUAACUUUGCUUGCUCUCAGCCAAUCACAAUGAAGUGAUUAGUCAGUCUGAUUAUAAUAGUGAUUUUUCCUUAGUUAUAACUUCAUAAGGAGUGUAUCUUACUGGUAAAUUUUGAGUGUAUCUUACUGGUAAAAUUUGGCAUGUUUAUCUACUGCUAGUAGUAGCUGCUAUAAAUACAGUGCUGUAUGGUAGGUAAAUACCAGUAAAUUUCUUAGAAAGGAAAUAGAUCAAGAAAUCAGGGCAUUAUGUUGUAUAAUAGCGCAAAUCUUAUUAACAAGUAAUUUUGUAGAUAAAAGCCUUUGUUUGGCAAGUGUGGUACAGAUCACAUGAACAAAUAUUAAGUGCCAAAGAUAACAUUGUUUUACAUUGUUUUAAAUAAGAGCAGAAAGAUAAUAAGUUAAGGGUCACCUAUCAAGGAACUUGUAGGGUUUAGAUUCUAUUUUGCAAGUCUUGUAAAAGCUGCAUGAAAAUUAUUCAUAUUUUUAAAUAACCUUUGGAGAAUAUUGUAUGGAAAAAAAUAUUGAUCCUAUCCUGUAGUUUACAGAUCAAAAAAAUAAAAAUGUUAGUAUUCUAUGGUA